AAAUUCUAAUGACGCGUGGGCGUGGUUUUUUUUUGCGCAGCCGCGGUUUCAUGCUUAUGCAACAGUUUCGUCGUGCAAAAGCUUUGAGGAUGAUGGCAUCGCCAGUUAGGACGAAGAAUCGAUUAGCUGCAGAGAGAUCACCGUAUUUGCAACAGCAUGCUACCAAUCCAGUAGAUUGGUAUCCAUGGGGAGAGGAAGCAUUUGAAAAGGCAAAGAAAGAGAAUAAGCCAAUCUUUUUGUCUGUUGGUUACUCUACAUGCCACUGGUGCCAUGUCAUGGAAAGAGAAUCGUUUGAAAACGAGAAGAUUGGGGCGCUUUUGAAUGAACAUUACGUGAGCAUAAAAGUAGACAGAGAGGAACGACCAGACGUCGAUAAAGUCUACAUGACAUUUAUUCAGGCUAUUAGUGGAGGUGGGGGUGGCUGGCCAAUGAGCGUUUGGCUCACUCCUCAGUUGAAACCGUUUUUUGGUGGGACGUAUUUUCCGCCGACAAGUGUGUCAUAUCGACCAGGAUUUGCUGCGAUCUUGACGGAUAUUGCACGACAGUGGAAAGAAAAGCAAGGUAAAAUAAGUGAACAAAGCACAGCCAUUGUGCAUGCAUUACAAGAGAACGCAGCAAUGUCAGCCCCCAAGGAUGCAAAGCUGCCUAGUCGUGAUUGCAUCCACCAAUCAUUCAGGCAACUUCAUGAACGAUUUGAUGCUGAACACGGAGGAUUUGGCUCGUCGCCCAAGUUUCCUCAACCCACAACAUUUAAUUUCUUGUUUCGUGUGUAUGCAACGGAUCCUAGUUCAGGAAGAGGCACUCGCUCUCUCGAGAUGUCCUUGUUCACUCUGAAGGCAAUGGCAAAUGGUGGCAUUCAUGACCAUGUAGCACAGGGGUUUCAUCGAUAUUCGACUGACCGGUAUUGGCAUGUUCCGCAUUUUGAGAAGAUGCUGUAUGAUCAAGCUCAGCUGUGUGUUGCCUACAUAGAUGCAUACCAGAUUACCGGUGAUGAGUUCUUUGCUGAUGUUGCUCGUGAUAUUCUCACCUAUGUGUCUAGAGAUCUAAGUGAUGAGGAAGGUGGAUUCUAUUCGGCUGAGGAUGCUGACUCGUAUCCAACAGCUGGUGAUGCUCACAAACGCGAAGGAGCUUUCUGUGUGUGGACAGCAGAUGAGAUCGAUUUGGUUCUUACUGACAUUGUCAAGCUACCUGAAGGAGCUUCUACUCCGUUGACCAUGUCACACGUGUUUUGUGAAUACUACGGUGUGAAACGAAGUGGGAAUGUGUCUCCAGAUCAGGAUCCACACAAAGAGCUCACAGGGAAGAACGUGCUCAUUGUGAGACAUUCAGUGUCCGAAUUAGCAGAGAAAUUUAAUAUCAGUGAAGAGAAAGUGUCACAAUGUCUCCACAUUGGCCGACAAAAACUCUUCGAUGAACGGAAAAAACGACCCAAACCCCACAGAGACAACAAGAUCAUUACAUCGUGGAACGGUCUGAUGAUAUCUGGGUUUGCUCGAGCAGCUCAAGCGCUCGGAGAUGCUUCGUAUUUGGAGCGAGCUGAGAAGGCGGCUCGGUACGUUCAAAGUCAGUUGUUUGUUGGCAAGACAUUGAAGCGAAACAGCUACAGAGAUCCAGAAAUCAAUCAGUUGAGUGUCAGCAAAGUUGAUGGUUUUGCUGAUGAUUAUGCUUUCCUGAUUCAUGCUCUUCUUGAUCUCUAUGAAGCCUCGUUCAACGAGGACUGGAUUAAAUGGGCAGUUGAAUUACAAGAAAUACAGAACACACUAUUUUGGGAUGAAGUCCACAGCGGUUAUUAUGGAGCUGCAUCAGGCGAUAGCAGCCUGUUGAUGAGAAUGAAAGAAGAUCAUGAUGGUGCUGAACCGAGUGCAAACUCGGUGUCAGCAUAUAAUCUUGUGAAGCUGGCUGCUUUGGUUGAGAGAAAGGAAUGGAGAGAGAGGGCUGAGAAAUUGUUCACGCUGUUUAGUGAUCGAAUGGAGAAGGUUGGUGGUCUUGCUGUGCCGGAGAUGGUUGGAGCAUUCACGAUGUACCUUCACACACCAGCACAACAGAUCAUCAUCGCUGGUGACCCUACUCAUGACGACACAAAGUCAAUGCUCGAGUGUGUCCACUCCAUGUUCCUUCCAAAUAAAAUCUUAAUUGUCCACCAAGACAACAGUCCUGACUCCUACCUUAAAAGCCAACUACAAUCCCUUAAACCACUCAAACCAUUGAAUAGCAAAGCUACAGCCUACGUCUGCAAAGACUUCACAUGUUCACUACCAACAACAAACGUAUCCGAACUGAGGCAGCAGCUAAACAGCUAAGACAGCAAAUAUUGAAAAGUGUUGAGUACUAUGAUAAUUUCCAGUCAACCGGUGUUUUGCCAAAUGUUUUCAGUGCAUCGUUGGCCGCUGAAAAGCACUUGCAGUUAAAGAAUUUGGUUUGGGAGAGUGGUGAUGGAUGUGCAGUGUUGAUGACUUUAUGUUUGGUAGUGUCUAUUAUUUUGCCCUUCUUCUGAGCGAAGUUGCCCCAGAGAAUGAAUACAAUGCCUGUGCAGUUUUCGUUUAUGA